CGCCGUUCGGAUCCCACAAACAUUCCUUCCAAAACAAACAACAAAGCUUAUCGCUUUUACGCACUUCGUCGGUCUCGAAUUAGUGGCCAAUACAACACAGCUCGGUUAGUAGCAAUGGCCGAUUACGACUGGAAUGAGCAACACCGGCAGCAGGUCCUGCAGGGACGACAGAUUCUAGAGCGCACUUCCGCUAGUCUGGCCCGAUCAAACCAGAUCGCCAUCGAGACGGAACAUACGGGUCAUGAGGUAAUAAACGAGCUUGAGGUGCAGCGAGAAUCUUUGCUGCGGAGCCAGCGCCGGCUGGAAAAUGCCAACGAUGAUCUGAGCAAAUCCGGCGCCAUCAUCCGUGCGAUGAAAAGGAAUGUGCUGUACAAUAAGCUCAUUCUCAUCAUGAUCAUCGUGAUGGAGGUGGUCAUUCUAGCGGGCAUGAUCGCGCUGAAGUUUAUGUAGCGAACCUGCAUUCCCUACAAGCUACAAGCCAAAGCGUAAAUGCAUCAGAACAUGCCGCUAUGGAAAGGGAAGAAAAUGUCCCCUUGUCGUGCAAUUUUUUCUUGCUAAAUUCGAUACAUUCAAAAAACCGCCUUUUCCCAUAGCAAGCAAAAACAAUCGUUAAUCAGUUCACAUUUAUUGUAUCCCUCUACAAUACAAUCCAAUAGUAUAAUCUUCGGUGAAUAAUAAUAAAAAAAAUACUCUCAAUAACCUUA